AUGGGGCGGCGGGGAGCUGGGAGGCGGGCGCUACCGUCGCGGAGCCCCGCCGGGAGCAUGGCCCUCGCCGCGCCGCUGCUGCCCGUGCUGCUGCUGCUGCUGCUGCUGGGGCGGCCGGGGCGGGGGGCGCCGGGGCAGGGAGCGAGGACCUGGUCCCGCUUCGCCCGGCUGCCCUACCCGCAGGACCAGCUUUUCCUCCACGACACCUUCCCCGACGGCUUCCUGUGGGGCGCGGGCAGCGCCGCCUACCAGACGGAGGGCGGCUGGCGCCAGGGCGGCAAGGGCGCCUCCGUCUGGGACGCCUUCGCCCACCGCCCGGCCACGCCGCCGGGGGCCGCCCCGCCGGGGCCCGUGGGCGGCGACGUGGCCAGCGACAGCUACAACAACCUCUUCCGCGACGUCGAGGGGCUGCGGCGCCUGGGGGUCUCCCACUACCGCUUCUCCCUGUCCUGGUCCCGGCUGCUGCCCAACGGGACGGCGCCCGCCAACCCCGCCGGGCUGGAGCACUACCGGCGGCUGCUGCUCCGCCUGCGGGAGGUGGGCGUCGAGCCCGUCGUCACCCUGUACCACUGGGACCUGCCGCAGGCCCUGCAGGACGCCUUCGGCGGCUGGGCCAGCCCCGUCCUGCCCCAGCUCUUCCACGACUACGCCGAGCUGUGUUUCCGGCACUUCGGCGGGCAGGUGCGCUACUGGCUGACCAUGGACAACCCCUACGUGGUGGCCUGGCACGGCUACGGCACGGGGCGGCUGCCGCCCGGCGUGCAGGGAGGCCCGCGCCUGGGAUACCUGGCGGCCCACCACCUGCUCCAGGCCCAUGCUAAAGUCUGGCAUCUCUACAAUGACCAUUUUCGUCCAACUCAAAGAGGAAAAUUGUCCAUUGCCCUUAGCUCUCACUGGAUAAAACCUCAACGUAUGACUGAAAAAAACAUAAAAGAAUGUCAAAAAUCCCUUGAUUUUGUGCUUGGCUGGUUUGCUAAGCCCAUAUUUAUUGAUGGUGACUAUCCAGAGAGUAUGAAGAGCAACCUUUCAUCUCUGUUGCCUGAAUUCAGUGAAGUUGAGAAGAAGUAUAUCAAGGGAACAGCAGACUUUUUUGCUCUUUCUUUUGGAGCUACCCUGAGUUUCCAGCUUUUGGACUCCCACAUGAAAUUCCAGCAGUUGGAAUCAAUCAGCCUGAGGCAACUCCUUUACUGGAUAAACAGUGAAUAUAACAACCCCCAAAUAUUCAUUGUGGAGAACAGCUGGUUUGUUUCUGGUACUACCAAGAGAGAUGAUGCCAAAUAUAUUUACUAUCUUAAAAAGUUCAUUAUGGAAACUUUAAAAGCUAUCCGGUACGACGGAGUUAAUGUGUUUGGCUACACAGUCUGGUCCCUCCUGGAUGGCUUUGAGUGGCACAGGGGAUACAGCAUUCGACGUGGAUUGUUUUAUGUGGAUUUUCAGAGCCAUGACAAAAAGUUGAUGCCCAAAUCUUCUGUCUUAUUCUAUCAAAAGCUGAUAGAAAAAAAUGGCUUCCCACCUUUGCCUGAAAACCAGCCUAUAGAAGGUAUUUUUCCCUGUGGCUUUGCUUGGGGAAUUGUUGACAACUACAUUCAGGUAGACACGACACCCGCCCAGUUUCUUGACUCUAGUGUUUAUGUGUGGGAUGUUCACCAGACGAAGAAGCUUAUUAAGGUGGAUGGAGUUUACACCUCGAAACGCAGGCAUCACUGUGUUGACUUUGCUGCUAUCAGGCUCCAGAUCUCUCUUCUGCAAGAAAUGCAUGUCACACACUUCCAUUUUUCACUGAAAUGGUCUUUAAUCCUUCCUUUAGGUAACCUUUCUCUAAUCAACCAUACACUUGUACAUUAUUAUCAGUGUUUUGCUAGUGAACUUCUCAGAGUUAACAUUACUCCUGUUGUUGCUUUAUGGCAACCUAUGAUUGAGAAUCAAGAGCUUCCAGUUUCCCUUGCCAAAUAUGGAGCUUGGGAAAACACAGAAACUGUUCGGGCUUUUGUUGAGUAUGCCAGAUUCUGCUUUACAAGUCUUGGGGACCGUGUCAAAUUUUGGAUCACCAUGAAUGAACCGUCUGUGAAAAACUUGACAUACAUGGCAGGGCACAACCUGUUGAAAGCCCAUGCGCAAGUAUGGCAUCUUUAUGACAAAGAAUUCAGGAGAUCUCAGAAGGGUAAAAUAUCUAUAGCUUUGCAAGCUGACUGGGUGGAACCAGCUUGUCCCUUUUCCAGGAAUGACCAAGAAGUUGCUGACAGAAUUUUAGAGUUCGACAUUGGCUGGCUUGCAGAGCCCAUCUUUGGGAAUGGUGACUACCCAGAGGUAAUGAGAGCAUGGCUUCACCGAAUAAACAGUGUUGACCUGUAUAAUUUCCACUUACCUUAUUUCUCAGAAGAUGAAAAGAAGUUAAUACAGGGCUCAUUUGAUUUCUUUGCCUUGAGUCACUACACUACUACCCUUGUGGGCUCGGAGAAAGAAGAUGCAGUAAAAUACGACCACUACCUUGAAGUUCAAAUGAUCAAUGACAUCACAUGGCUCCACUCUCCCAGCAGAGCUGCAGUAGUGCCCUGGGGACUGCGUAAAUUGCUCACGUGGGUUAAAUCAAAGUAUGGUGAUAUCCCAAUUUAUGUUAUGGCUAAUGGAAUUGACGAUGACCAAAACAUAGUGCACGAUAAGCUCCGAGUGUAUUACAUACAGAAUUACAUCAAUGAAGCUUUAAAAGCUUACGCCUUGGAUAAUGUUAACCUGCAAGGAUAUUUUGUCUAUUCUUUUAAUGACAAGACUGCUCCUAAAUAUGGUCUCUACAGUUACAUUGCAAAUCAAUAUGAACCAAAGCCUUCUAUGAGACAUUACAGAGAAAUAAUUGACAAUAAUGGUUUUCCUGGUCCUAAAACUCCUGAGUUGCUGUGUCCAGAAGAGGUUGUCUCAUGUCCUGAAUGCCACUUCUUCCGAACCAGAAAGUCAUUGUUAGCCUUUAUCUCUUUCAUAUUUGUUGCUUUUAUUGUUACUAUAUUCUUCAUUACUUACUACUCCAAGAGGAUAGAAAGAAGGUAUAAAUAGAGCUGCCCCUUUGAACACAUCACUUACUGUCCUUUUUCUUGCAUCCUCUUGGGAAAUCUGAAAUGAGUGCACAAUGCUGUGAUUGCUUCAGCAUUUACAUUGCCUGAUACUGCAGGACAUAGACAUUGAGAAAAGAUUACUAGCAUAUGGGUUCCAGAAAUAAUUUUCUCUGGUUUAGUACAUUUGGUUUAUGACCAGUCCUUAAUUCCUGUGGUUGGAGUAGUAUCACAGCUUUCCCUGGAACCUUUUGUUGAGCAGAUGUUUUCCCCUUCUUGGUUUUGCCUUGCUGAGUUGGACAGGUUUAAGUAUGUUUUGAAAACAUGGAGUGAUGGAAGAAUCUGAAUGUCAAAUUCUCCCAGAGAAGACAGGGGUGAAACAGAAUGGCUUACUUUUCCAAAUUAGGGUUUAAUGCUGAUGAUGCUUAAUCAGAACCAGAACCUGACUGGAGCAGGGUUUGUGACUGAGAAGAAAGGUGGGGAGAAUUGCACAAAGAAGACCUCCUUUCCUAAAGCAGAUGCAAGGAGAGGAGCAGAGGGAACUGAGUCUGUGCUGCUGGGAGCUCUGGGUAAAUCAGUUAACUACUACUGAGACUGCAUCUGACUUCAGGAUGCCAUUGGGGAACUUCAGCUAAAGGAACUGUGUCUUUCUCAGGGGGAAAAGAAGCAGGGGUAUGUCUGGGGAUUGCAGAGGUCAUGUAAUCUUGCUGGGAAGAGAUGGGAAGGGCUUCUCUUUGAUUUGCUCAGGAAAAAGAAAAAAAGGCAAAGAGCAGGAACUGGGAUGUCUUUCAUUUGGCAGAAAGCUGCGUGACUGACUCUAUGCCCUGUUGCCCUGUACCCAGGGACAUGGCAGGCCUGGGCCACCCCAUUUCUCCUCUUCUCAGAGCAAGUUGCACACAGCUACCACUCUGCUGCUACUCAGCUGUACUUACCUGCUGUAAACUUGUGGUAACUUAGUAGGAUGGGCUCUGCAUGCCAUUUGCGUCGAGCGUAGAGACUUUAAAUCCCAGUGUUUUGGUGUAAUAGUCCAGCACUUUAUUGCUGCUUUUGCCAGGGUCUGAGUCUGUGGAGCUGUUGGUCCAAGCCUCUUACAGGUUGACUGGAGGUUCUCCUUUGAGCAACUGGCCCUGGCAGCAUUUUAUCCCAAAGUAUUACUGAAUGUCUGAGGGCCUCUUGUUUUUCUCAUAGCAAGAUAAAAUAUCAAAAUAUUAGCAUCAUUUUUUAUUAGUAGAAAUAGAGAGAGAAUGGGAAAAAGUGCCAUGUUAUUUUGCCUGCCUUGUGAAUUGCUACAUUAGGAGGGUCCUCAGUAUAAAGCAGUGUGGUCAUUUUUCUCCGCUCUCUUAACUCUAGGCCUGCAUCACCUUCAGCUAUAAUUGCAUUUUUAUUGCUAUGUGAAUGAUGUCACUCACUGGAAAGAAUAUUUUAAAGGAAAUGUGCUCUGUGUUAAUUAAGAAUUAUUUAUCUACUAAAGCUGAUUAUGCUGUAUUAAAUGUGAUGUUUAUCUACUAGAUUACUAGAAGAUGACUAAAUGACCUCCCAGAGUUCCUUUUAAUCUGAAAA